CUUGAACUUGUGCAGGUAAGUUUCGGUCUAACGGUAAUUACAUUCCACUAAGCUUCAUGCUUUUCCUUGAGGCUGUAAUAUAUGGAAGCCAUGCAGCUUCAUGGAGAUGGUUCUCGUGCUGCUUUUCCAUAUUUAAUUAGAGAAAGACGGGUAAUAUUUGUCCUACAUGCUAAUGAAGAUGGAGUUCUUCUGAACCAUAUUGCCGAUGAAGAAUGUUCUCUAGUUGAUUGGAUGCUUGUUGACAGUGCAAAAGGUGGCAGUGGUAAGGGGUUCAACUGGUCCCAGUUCAAGCUACCACCAAUCAGAAGUAAACAUGGAUGGAUUUUGGCCGGAGGGAUGAACCCUGAGAAUGUAUGUGAAGCUCUUUCUACUCUUAAACCGCAGGGGAUUGAUGUUAGUAGUGGCAUUUGUGGUUCAGAUGGCAUUCAAAAGGAUAAGUCACGGAUUUCAUCCUUCAUAAGUGCAGUAAAUUCUGUACAAUAUGAUUGAUAGUGAGGAACGUAAAUUGACAAGAAAACUUAAUUGGCAUAUUGAGGAGGAGCCUUGGUUUGUAAUAGUCGAUAUUUGGUUCUCUUUAGUCAGCGUUUAGUUCUUUCCCUAUACUUCAGUACUAAACUAUUCUAAAUAUCAAGAAAAAGAUGCUUUCAGUUGAUUUUUUGUUGAGCUUGCAGGCAUCUUUAUACUUACAU